GCUGUGGACGUAGUCUGAGCAUUUCCACCGCCCCCCCCCCUCCCACCUCCAGGACGGCGAGGGCGCUAUUAACGGCAUCCACCCAUAUUCCUCCCUCAGCCGGGAACCGGAGCCCUGGAACGGCGGUCGCCGGUGAAGUUCCGGGUCGGAGGUGCGAGGUCACAGGUGCGGUUGUUGGGGGUAACGCGAGUGGCCUAGUCGGCUUCUCUGGAGCCUGUAGGUUGAAGACGAGACGCCAUGGGCUCGCUGGAGAAGUGGGUGAACGACCAGCUUCACCAGCUGCUGGGGCUGAGCGACAAGUAUGUGGCGCAGUUCCUGAUUGGCACAGCCCAGCGCAGCAGCAGCGUGCCGGACUUCAUUCGACGCCUGGAGGAGACGGGAACCAUUGACAUCACACAGAAAGUCCAACUGUUUGCCAGCGAGCUCUGGACGAAGAUCCCCAGGAAGCAGCAGGUCGAAAAGGCAUCGCGAGCUGUUGAGCGAGAGGCUCUUGCCAUCCAGCAGAAGAAUCGGACCUACUUGUUGCUGGAGGACAGCGAGGAGAGCGAACCCGAAGAGAAGCAGAGCCAGCACAAAGGCAAAAGGAAACGCAAGCACAUCCGAAAAAAGAGGGCGGCAUCUUCGGAGAGUGACUCCGAUGAUAAAGCGAAAACGGCCCCAUCUCCGCAGAAACUGUCAGGAUCGGAAGAAGAAGAAUGGGAGAAGGAGGAGAAGGAUCGGUUGAAAGAUCUGGAGGAGCGAGACGCAUUUGCUGAACGUAUCAAACAACGGGACAAGGACAGAACCCGUAACAUCCUGGAGCGGUCUGAUAAGAAGGCUUACGAAGAAGCUCAGAAACGGCUGAAGAUGGGAGAGGAGGAUCGGCGGGCAAUGAUACCUGAGCUGCGCAAGAAGUCGCGAUGGGAUUACUUGGGCAAGCGAGAGCAGGAGAAACUGGAGGACCUGGAGGCGGAAAUCCUGGAUGACGAGUACUUGUUCUCCUCGAGUGAACUCAGCGCCCGGGAGAAGCAGCAGCUGGACUACAAGAAGAAAGUGCGUGACCUGGCCAAGGAGUACAAGGCGGCAGGAGACCAGGAGAAGCAGGAACAGAGCAACCGCUAUUACAUGCCUGAGGAGUCCCGCAACAAGAAAGUUCCAGAUCGCUAUGAGGAGCCCAAGGCGGACGACAAACAUGCCCCACGGGAUGAGCAGAAACGCUGGGAGGAGGAGCACAUGGACGCAGCGCUGCUGAAGUUCGGGGCCCGGGAUGCCAGGGAGCGUAACAAGCAGAAGGAGUAUGAGUUUGUGCUGGAGGAGGAUGAGAUGAUUGACUUUGUGACCUCUGUGACCAUGCAAGGGACCGUGACCAAGGAUGAAAAAGCCGAGUUGUCGGAGGCACAGAAGCAGAAGUUGUCCCUCCAGGAGGUGAGGAGGAGUCUACCUGUCUUCCCGUACCGCCAGGACCUGCUGACGGCCAUCACUGAGCACCAGAUCCUAAUCAUCGAGGGCGAGACAGGAUCUGGCAAAACAACGCAGAUCCCCCAGUACCUGUACGAGGAGGGCUACACUGCCGGGGGGAUGAAGAUCGGGUGCACGCAGCCUCGGCGAGUGGCGGCCAUGAGUGUCGCAUCUCGAGUGGCACAGGAGAUCGGGGUCAAACUGGGAAAUGAGGUUGGGUACAGUAUCCGGUUUGAAGACUGCACAUCAGAACGGACAGUGCUGAAAUACAUGACAGAUGGGAUGUUACUGCGCGAAUUCCUCACGGAGCCAGACUUGGCUGGAUAUAGUGUUGUGAUCAUCGACGAAGCCCACGAGCGCACUCUUCAUACUGACAUUCUCUUUGGGCUGAUUAAAGACAUCUCUCGCUUCCGCCCUGACCUGAAAGUCCUGAUUGCGAGUGCGACGCUGGACACAGAUAAAUUCUCAACCUUUUUCGACGAAGCUCCAAUCUUCCGUAUCCCGGGACGGCGGUUCCCUGUCGACAUUUACUACACAAAGGCCCCUGAAGCGGACUAUUUGGAAGCCUGCGUGGUUUCCGUCCUACAGAUUCACGUCACUCAAGCUCCUGGCGACAUUCUGGUGUUCCUCACUGGUCAGGAGGAGAUUGAGACCACUUGCGAAAUGUUGCAGGAGCGAUGCCGUCGACUGGGCUCCAAGAUCGCUGAGCUGCUGGUUCUGCCCAUUUACGCCAACCUUCCCUCGGACAUGCAGGCCAAGAUCUUUGAGCCGACCCCGUCAGGUGCUAGGAAGGUCGUCGUGGCCACCAACAUCGCGGAGACUUCCCUAACGAUUGACGGGAUCAUCUACGUGAUUGACCCCGGCUUCUGCAAGCAGAAGAGUUACAACGCACGUACAGGCAUGGAGUCUCUCAUCGUCACACCCUGCUCCAAGGCGUCGGCUAACCAGCGAGCUGGCAGGGCCGGCCGAGUGGCAGCAGGGAAGUGCUUCCGUCUCUACACAGCAUGGGCCUUCAAGCAUGAGAUGGAGGAAACAUCCAUCCCGGAAAUACAGCGAACAAACCUGGGCAACGUGGUGCUGCUGCUGAAGAGUUUAGGAAUCAACGACUUGAUCCACUUUGAUUUCAUGGACCCCCCUCCUCAUGAGACCCUAGUGCUGGCCUUGGAGCAGCUGUACGCCCUGGGAGCUCUUAACCACCUCGGAGAGCUCACCAAGCUUGGUCGCAGGAUGGCAGAGCUCCCUGUGGACCCCAUGCUGUCCAAAAUGAUCCUGGCCUCUGAGAAGUACCAAUGCUCGGAGGAAAUCCUAACCAUCGCAGCCAUGCUGUCGGUCAACAAUGCUAUUUUCUAUCGACCCAAAGACAAGGUGGUGCAUGCGGACAAUGCUCGCAUGAACUUCUUCCUACCUGGAGGGGACCACCUGGUGCUGCUGAAUGUUUAUACACAGUGGGUUGAAAGCGGCUAUUCAACGCAGUGGUGUUAUGAGAACUUCAUUCAGUUUCGUUCCAUGCGGAGAGCCAGGGAUGUGCGUGAACAGCUUGAGGGGCUGAUGGAAAGGAUUGAGGUUGAGAUGAAAUCUUCCGCUGGCGAUAACAUCCUCAUCCGCAAGGCCAUCACCGCUGGCUUCUUCUAUCACACGGCCCGGCUCACACGCACUGGCUACAAGACGGUGAAGCACCAGCAAGCGGUCUACAUCCACCCCAAUAGCAGCCUGUUCGAGGAGCAACCCCGAUGGCUCAUCUACCACGAGCUCGUCUUCACUACUAAGGAGUUCAUGAGACAGGUGAUUGAGAUCGACAGUGGAUGGCUGUUGGAGGUUGCUCCCCAUUACUACAAGUCCAAAGAGCUGCAGGAUGCGGCCAGCAAGAAGAUGCCCAAGAAGGUGGGGAAGACCCGGGAGGAGCUGGGCUGAGGGUGACAGCGCUUCCCAGAGGUCAAACCUAUUGUGCCAGGAACAUGAGCCGUGUGUGUCCUACCCUCCCCUCCCCCCCACCCCCCCACCCACCCUCUCCCAGGGCAGUUCCAUGUCACCCUUGGACCACUGUCAAUGUUCUUGGUCGUUCAUUAUGCACAGACUGACUAUCGUAUGGAAGAUAACCUUGAAUACGGGUUCCACUGACGUUCCCGGGAUUGCGUCCAAUGCCUAGGUCAGAUUGAAUUGGAGCGACCCCCCUCUUGCCCCUGGGAGGACUCUACCUCGCCCCAGCAGGCGGCAGCUCGGGGCUGGGCGAAGAAGGCCCGCGACCAACGGUGGCUCCCACCAUAACCAGGCCGCGGCCUGGCAGUCUCUUGUGGCACCAUGCCGCAAUCACCCUGGUGGAUCAGAGGCACUGGGUCGAGAUAACCAAGCGGGGCGAGUUACCGGGGACAAAAACCCAGUGGUUUUGGGAGCCUGGCGCAGGAGCAGGUAUCACAGAGCCGGGCUCAGCUUCAGUCAGCAGCAGUGACUGAUUCUCAGGACUCGUUCACUUUUGUACCUGUGUAGUUUCUGCAGCACGGGGUGUCUCGGCAGCCUGGACUUGCUGAUUAUUGAGGUUUUAAAUAAAGUUUGCCACUUGUGUAAAAAAAAAUGCUCUUGUCUUCCCGUUAAAGCUCGGUCUUUCGUUUGUUAAUAUCUGUAGCUCGUGUAGAAUACUUGCAAUGGAGCUUUUACUAAUGGAACGACCCCCUCUCGCCCCUGGGAGGAAUUUACUACUAAACAAAUCCGUUAAUUCCUUCAGCAGCCUAAAGCCAGUGUGUCUCUGACAGGACUGAGAGGCCUCGCCACUGGAUUCCCUCAGGGGCCUAAAGUCAAAGUAUCUCAGUGACGGGACUGAGAGGCCUUGCCACUGGAUUCCCUCACGAGCUGUAGUUGGUGACUAUUAACACAGCGGCCUCAGCUAUCCUCAGUGCUAGAAGACCAAGGAUCUCCCAGCCGUCAGUGAACCAGGACAGGGAGGCUCCCAUCACUGGGCUCCUUCAGUACUGCAGUCAGUGACCCCUAAUAGAAGGUGUGAGGAUCCUUCACAGUCAGAACGAUAUUCAUGUGAUUACUGCCAAUGUCUGUACGCUGUACCCUGAAUGCAGAUGCUUCCUUGACAGCAUGGACACGGUACAGGGGGCUGGGGGGUGAUGUGGAGGCUGAAAGCAGUGAUGUUAAGGUGGAAUUUAGGACAGUGGUAGGAGAGAGAUGUGGUGAGGCAGCAGGGCUUAUGUGCCACAGAG